AUGGCUGCCAGACGGCAUUCACUGCCGCUAUUUGGUCAGAGUCAGCAUAGGCACAGAAGCAUACCUACUUGCGCAACCAGUCAUCCAGACAACCCCAUACCAAUGGAGCCAAAGGAUACGCCGCUUCUGUGCGUCACGCCGCAGAUGAAGAACAGAUUUAGCGCGAUGUCGAGUCCACGGUCCAGUGGGGAAAGCCUAGCGCUUACGGAGGAUGAGACCGCAACAGACUCAGAAGCAUCGACUCCUCUGACGGAGCCGCAGGACAUGGCAGAGAUCACGGACAAGCUUCAUGAGUUGCUACCGAGCAACUCGCCAACAUUGCGUAAAAGGCGUGCAAGUACCACAUUCGCAAGCAAUUCCGAGGACAUCCGGAAGUUGCUUGGUAACGGUACCGGAACCAGGUUCUUGCAGAAGUAUUGCUGCGGUGAUGGUUGCUGCUUCCUCGAGGCCCUGCCUGCUGCUGAGGGCGAGCCAGAGCGAUUCUUCAUACAGCCGCCGGACAAUGAGGCGUUCCGCUUCCUGCGCCUCAAUGUCGGCUCGCUUACGCUGGACACUGAGCUCACUAAGUUGGUUGACCUGCCGGAGAAGAAGAUCUCGUUCGGCUCCAUCCGCCGACAGUCCAUCACCGAGAAGUUUCCAGCUGAGGACGAACACGAGCAUGAUCGUGACGCAGUCAACGUCUACCCUCCGACAUACAUGAAGCCGCACCCGCCAUAUGCUAUCUUCAAUGCACCAGUGUACGGCGCUCGCGAGCUGACCAAGCCUGGUGCAGAAAAGCGUACCUUUCAUUUCGAUCUCGAUGUCACCGAGUAUCCGGAAGAAGGCGGCGUAGACUUCAAAGUCGGCGGCGCUGUCGGCGUCUGUCCGCCGAAUGAUCCGUACUUGGUCGAAGACAUUAUGGACCAGCUUUGCAUACCGCGCUUCCAACGUGACAAGCCGGUCAGACUGUUUACCGCUGGUGGCCGUUGGCCAACAAUUUGGGGAGAAGACGAGUCUCGCGAGCUUGUCACGACCCGCCGUGAGAUUCUUACCUGGACCCUAGACAUUUCCUCCACCCCACCGACCAAGCCACUCUUCCGUCUCCUCGCCGAGUAUGCUUCCGCACCGAACGAGCGGCAGAUUCUCCUCUUCCUCUGCUCAGCCCAAGGACAAGCCGCCUUUUGCGACCUACGUACCGACUCGCACAUCACCCUACAGCAACUGCUCCAUGCCUUUCCCUCCUCAAAGCCGCCUCUCGAAGUACUCUGCACUGUGCUGAACCAACUGAUGCCGCGUUUCUACUCGUUAUCCAACGAUCCACAUGUCUCCUCCGCGCGGGACGGUCUUGCCGGCCGGAGACUCAUCGAGAUUGCCGUCACUGUUCACGAGACAGCCGCUCACACCGGCUCAAAUCGUUCCGGUGUCGGCUCGGGCUUCCUCGAGCGGAUCGCGAAGAAGUUCAUCAUCGCGGAAGAGGAGGCGGAGAGAGAUGCACAGGCUGGGGGAUACUCCUUCCAACCAGGCGUCGCAGGACGGAAACUUAACCUUCAGGUGCCAAUGUUCCGCGGUCUUAUGGCUAAUCCGCUCUCGCGGGAGUUUGCGAGCGACGGUCCAAUGGUGCUGAUCGGUGCUGGCGUUGGCAUGGCACCUUUCCGCGGCUUCAUCCUGAACCGGCUGAAGAACGCAAACUGCGCCAACAAAAUCUGGCUGAUCCAAGGUAUCAGGGACAGCAUGCUGGACGAGAUUUACCGAGGCGAACUUGGCGCGCACGAGAAAGAGAUCAAGAAAGUUGUGCAAAGCCGCGCCCGUCCCCCUCCAGAGCGGAAAGUAGCCAAGUAUGUGCAGGACGAGGUUCGUAUGCAAGCGGAUAUUGUAUGGUUCGUUAUUAACGCUGUCGACGGGCGGAUCUUCGUGUGCGGCAGCACAAAGGGCAUGGGCGAGGGCGUUGAGAGUGCGCUCAUUGAUGUGGCAAUGGAUAAGGGUGGGUUGGACUACGAGACGGCGAAGAUGUUCUGGGAAGGCAAGAGAGAGGCAGGACAGUAUAUCGCCGAGACGUGGUAAGCCGAGAGGGGCUGUUCAAGAUGAUGCGACGGGUUUUGCAUGAUCAUCAUGCUACUAGUAUAGUGAUAGCGUUCUGUAAGGCGCUCAGGGGCUGUUGUUCUGGCAAGGAUGUCAAGGACUGUCCUUCACCUGUAUAGAAUGUACGUUGAAGUGAAUAUCCAUUACCAAGUGGCGGGAUGUGGCCCACCCGGGACCUGGCGUAUUUGCUUAGGUUCGAGACCUCAGACUCCGC